AUGCCAGAAUUAUCCGGUUUUUGGAUUUUAACAGCUCUUCUACAUUUACCUUCACAACUAUUUUUGGGUUUAAAUCCAGAUAUUUGGCAAUUACCUUUAGAAAAAUACACAAUUUUAUUAGAAAUUAUUUUUUCUUUUAUUGAGUUGCUUACUUCAACUAUUUUACUUCGUAAAUUAUCUCAACUUCAAAUGGAAAGAUUUAAAAGAGCAGCAACUUUAGCCAUUCAAAAAGAAGAAGAAAAACAAAAUGAAAAUAAAGAAAAAUAUUAA